GUGUGCACAGUACAUUUUUAUAUUUGCAGACAUGUUGCAGCAGAGCGAUUUUAUCCCAUCUCAUUCCUUUGGUAUGCGUAAAAUUUCUGUUGAAUGGAGUUUUCUUAUAUUUCUUUGGUACAUCGCAAAUACUGAACCAUUACGAACCUUGGGAGAUAGAUUCGAUGUAUCUAUAUCCUCCAUUUUUCGUGUAAUACGUCGUGUUGUGGAAUGGCUAUUAUCAAGAUUGGACGAAGAGAUAAAGUGGCCAGAGGAAAAUAAUGCCAUCCUCAUGACAUCUCAAAAAUUCGAGGCAAAACGAGGUAUAAGAAAAUGUAUCGGAGCAAUAGACUGUACACAUAUUGCAAUUCGACAGCCUGUUAAUCAUCCUAGAGACUAUUGCAAUAGAAAAAGGUUUUUCUCUAUCGUAUUACAAGGUGUGGUAGAUGCAGAUAUGAAGUUUACAAAUAUUUACUGUGGAGAACCAGGUUCAUUGCACGAUGCACGUGUUUUAAGAAGAUCAUUACUUUAUGAUACUGCUCAAAAUGACACAGAAAACAUUUUCCCCAAUGAAACAUGCAUAAUAGGAGAUUCAGCUUACCCAUUACUACCAUGGCUUGUACCUCCAUUUAGAGAUAACGGUCAUUUAACCGCACAGCAAACUGAAUUCAAUUUCUUACACUCUUCAACGCGGAUGCCCGUAGAGAGGGCGUUUGGUUAUUUAAAAGGACGUUUUCGCCGUUUAAAAUUUUUAGAAUUACUUGAUAUUCAAUUUAUUCCAAAAUUAGUAACAGCCGCUUGUAUAAUGCAUAACGUUGCGAUAAAAGAAAAUGAUGAAAAUGAAUUCUUUGAUGAUUCUAAUGAUUUUCUUGUAGACAACGUCGCGAAUGACAAUUAUGAAAAUAAUGAUUUACAUGUUAAUAGAAAUAGGAAUGAAAUAAUAGAUCGGAGAAUGCAGAUGUUCCACGAGCUGUUUCCAGAAUAG